AAGACCAAAGAGGAUAGUAAGAAGCACUAUAAAUCUCAUCACUCUCAACUAUAAAUCACCACAAUAUCAAUAUAUAUCUUCUUCAAAUUCUCUCCCCCUUGCCUUUCAUUAAUACACAUAUUAUAUUAACAAAUUAGGAGAAAAAUAUCGUAUAAUAUCAUAUACAGGAUAUCAUGGUCCUGACGAGGGCGAGAUCAAUAUCAGAUCAUGAUGGUGAUGAGGAGUUUGUGAACUCAACUUUCGCAUCAAGAUACGUGAGGUGUCCACUUCCAAAAUGGAGGAUGCCGGAGCAGUCUGUACCGAAGGAAGCGGCGUACCAGAUCAUAAACGACGAGCUAAUGCUUGACGGAACAGCGAGGCUGAACUUGGCGUCGUUUGUGACGACUUGGAUGGAGCCGGAGUGUGAUAAGCUCAUCAUGGCCUCCAUCAACAAGAACUACGUUGACAUGGAUGAGUACCCUGUCACAACUGAAAUCCAGAAUCGGUGCGUGAACAUGAUAGCCAACCUGUUCAAUGCUCCUGUGGGAGAUUCUGAAGCUGCUGUUGGAGUGGGAACAAUUGGGUCAUCGGAGGCAAUAAUGCUGGCAGGUUUGGCCUUCAAGAGAAAGUGGCAGCAGAAAAUGAAAGCACAGGGUAAACCCUAUGACAAGCCUAAUAUUGUCACUGGUGCUAAUGUUCAGGUGUGUUGGGAGAAGUUUGCAAGGUACUUUGAGGUUGAGCUGAAGGAGGUGAAGCUGAGAGAAGGAUAUUAUGUGAUGGAUCCAGAGAAGGCUGUUGAGUUGGUGGAUGAAAACACCAUUUGUGUGGCAGCCAUUUUGGGAUCAACAUUGACUGGUGAGUUUGAGAAUGUGAAGCUCCUCAAUGAGCUUCUCACUAAGAAGAACAAGGAGACGGGUUGGGACACCCCGAUCCAUGUCGACGCGGCCAGCGGCGGUUUCAUAGCCCCGUUUCUUUACCCGGAGCUCGAUUGGGAUUUCCGGUUGCCUCUAGUGAAAAGCAUCAAUGUGAGUGGCCAUAAGUAUGGCCUUGUUUAUGCUGGUGUUGGCUGGGUUGUGUGGAGGAGUAAAGAGGACUUGCCUGACGAGCUUAUCUUUCACAUCAAUUACCUUGGAUCUGAUCAACCUACUUUCACCCUCAACUUCUCCAAAGGCUCUAGUCAAAUUAUUGCUCAAUAUUAUCAGUUUAUCAGAUUGGGAUUUGAGGGUUACAAGAACAUAAUGGAAAACUGCACUGCAAAUGCAAAAUUUCUGAAAGAAGGUAUAGAGAAAACGGGGCGGUUCGAAAUUCUCUCCAAAGACAUUGGAGUGCCCCUUGUGGCCUUCUCCUUGAAAGACAGCAGCAAAUACACGGUGUUCAACAUAUCAGACAGCUUGAAAAAGUUCCGAUGGAUUGUCCCAGCCUACACCAUGCCUGCGGAUGCCCAACACAUCGCGGUUCUUCGCGUCGUCAUCAGGGAAGACUUCAGCCGUAGCUUGGCCGAGAGACUCAUCUCCGACAUUGGAGCAGUAUUGAAGGAACUAGACGCCAUCACUGCCCAAAUCGUCUCCUCCACAACCGCCCAUGUCUCCGUGAUAGGCGGCAGCCUUGUGAAGAAGAGUGAGAGAGAGAUUCAAGAGGAUGUGACCAAGCAUUGGAAGUGUUUUGUCAACGAAAAGAAAACUGGAGUUUGCUAAGCUGCAAAAAGGUACUAGUAUAUAUGGUUUGGUAUUAUUGCUAUUAGUAUUACAUUGCCUCCUAUAUAUGUCGAAACUAUAACUCAAAAUAUGGACUUUACGUCUGUUGCUUAUGUACGUAUCACGGGUGUUCCUACGACUUCCUUGUACUUUUCAUGUUGCAACAUUAUAAUCUACUUGGUGAGUAAUUAAACAGUUUUCUGAUUA